UAAGAUUCCUCCAUUCACGCUCCAAAGCGCGAGUGGAGAAGGGAACACUAGUCACAGAUGUUAGGGGACAAAAAACAUGACAAAAUCCAAGGUACUGGCGACAGAACCAAGAUUCAGAAAGAUAUAUUCCCGCAUGCCCUUACGCGUGUAACCGACCAAUUAGUUUAUCUUCCACCAAUUUAGAGAUUGUUUAGAUAAAUAUAUACAGGGUGAGAAAAAAGAACACACACGGCGUUGAGAAGAAUGGUUGGACCGGCGAGACCUCUGUUCGUCCUGUUUGGCUCUUCCAUUGUCCAGUUCAGUUACUCCCACCAAGGAUGGGCUGCUGUUCUCGCUGACAUCUACGCCCGCAAGGCAGACAUAGUGCUCAGAGGAUACGCAGGAUGGAAUUCAAGGCGUGCGUUACAGGUCCUAGAUCAAGUCUUCCCAAAGGAUGCUGCUGUACAACCUUCACUGGUCAUAGUUUAUUUCGGUGGCAAUGACUCAAUGCAACCUAACCCAUCUGGUCUCGGCCCUCAUGUGCCUCUUCCGGAAUAUAUUGACAACAUGAAGAAGAUUGCUACCCAUCUCAAGAGUCUUUCAGAGAAUAUUCGCUUAAUUUUUCUUACUUCUCCUCCCAUCAAUGAGGAACAAGUACGUCAAUUCUUUGGACUUGAGGGUCGAACAAACGAGGCCUGCCGGAUAUAUGCAGAAGCUUGUAUGGAAGUGUGCAAGGAGAUGAAUGUGAAGGGUAUUAAUCUCUGGACUGCCAUCCGGCAAAAAGAAGAUUGGUUGACAACCUGCUUCACGGAUGGUAUUCAUUUUGCAUCGGAGGGGAGCAAGAUUGUGGUUAAGGAAGUGCUGCGAGCCAUUAGAGAAGCAGAGUGGGAACCAAGUCUGUAUUGGAGGUCCUUGCCGUCUGAAUUUGAGGAGCUGGAGGAUUCAGCUUUUCUGCCAGUGGGAGAUGAUGGGAAGCAAAUAAGAAUUUCUGAGCUUGAAAUUCUAAGAUAUUCAGAAUGGGAAUAGAGUCUUACAUAUAUAUACAAAAACCGUUCAAUACAAACUGAUUCUUGAUUUGUUAAAUAAUGUGGAGACAGGGAGAGGUGUUGUAAGAGCCCUCCAUCACAACCCUGUGGAACCUGGGGCCGUUGUAUGGACUCUAGAGUUUUUAUUGGGUUAAAUGUCAAUUUUAAUCCUUAAAUUUUUAAUUUUGAAUAUUUUUAGUUUUUAAAUUAUUUUUUACACCCUUUUAGUUUUUAAACUAUAAAAAAUGUUUUUUUUU